AAAAUAUAUGAUGUGUAAGCAAUAAUGUGGAUUGACGAAGCAAGCACGCAGUAUCUUAGUGCUUUUCCAGAUUUGGUGGAGUGUGUAUCGUGGUUAUCGAUUAUUUAUUGAGUAAAAAAAAAAAAAAAAAAAAAUUGUUUCUUAUAUAAUAAAUACAAUUUUCUUCAUUAUGACAGAAAAUCGUAAAGAAGUGAGAGUAUGGUGUGAUGGAUGUUAUGAUAUGGUACAUUUUGGCCAUGCGAAUUCUUUGCGUCAAGCGAAAGCAUUAGGUGAUUAUUUAGUUGUGGGUGUACAUACAGAUGAAGAAAUUACUAAACAUAAAGGACCACCAGUAUUUAUGGAACAAGAAAGAUAUAAAAUGGUACGUGGUAUUAAGUGGGUAGAUGAAGUAGUUGAAGGAGCACCUUAUGUUACAACUCUGGAAACAUUAGACAAAUAUAAUUGUGAUUUUUGUGUUCACGGUGAUGAUAUUACUAUGACAGCAGAUGGUGUAGAUACGUAUCAUUUGGUUAAAGCAGCAGGUCGUUACAGAGAAGUUCAAAGAACAGCUGGUGUAUCAACAACUGAUUUAGUAGGACGUAUGCUUUUAAUGACACGACAACAUUUUAAACAAGGAGAUAGUGAAUAUAGUGUUGAUAGAGAACCCAGUAAAAGCAUGGGUCAAGACAGAACAGCUCGAAGUCCUUGGACAGGUUGUUCACAAUUUUUACCUACUACACAAAAAAUUAUUCAAUUUAGUGAUGGAAAAAGUCCACAACCUGGAGACAAAAUAGUUUAUGUAGCAGGAGCAUUUGAUCUUUUUCAUGUUGGUCAUUUAGAUUUCUUAGAAGUUGCAAAAAAAGAAGGUGAUUAUCUUAUAGUUGGACUUCAUACAGAUCCAGUAGUUAAUCGGUAUAAAUAUGGUAAUCAUCCAAUUAUGAAUCUUCAUGAAAGAGUACUUAGUGUGUUGGCAUGCAAGUAUGUUAAUGAAGUAGUAAUUGGAGCACCAUAUGAAGUUACUAAAGAUCUUAUGGAACAUUUUGAUGUAUCUAUUGUUUGUCAUGGUCAAACUCCUAUCAUGCCUUGUGAAGAUGGUUCAGAUCCAUAUGUUGAACCUAAAAGACAAAAUAAAUUUAAAUUGUUGGACAGUGGUAAUGAUAUGACAACAGAAAAAAUUGUUGAGCGUAUAAUUCUUCAUAGGUUGGAAUUUGAAGAUAGAAACUUAAAGAAAGAAAAAAAAGAGUUAGCAGCUUAUGAAGCCUUUAUAAAAUCCCAGAAAAAAGAAAGAACUGAAUAAUUUUCUCUCUAUAUGCAGAGUGUGUGAUAAUUAUAUUUUAUGAAAUAUAUAUUUGUAAAUAUGAUAUCACACUAAUAUUUAAAUUAUUUAAUUCUAUUUGGAUAUACAUUUAUAAUUAUACUAAAUAUUUAAAAUAUUAAUAUAUAAUAUAAGUAUAUAUUAAUAUUUUAUAGAAAUAUUAUUUUUCAUUCCUAAUGAUUCAACGAUAAAAACAAAUACAACGAUAAAUGUAUACAAAAUUGUGAAUAUUUGUAUAUUCAAAUAUUUUUAAUUAAAAAAAUUUAGAAAAUUUUAUUUUAUGUUGCGAUGUUAUAAUUAUGCACAUAUAUAUAUUUGAUAUAAGAAUAUCAUUAAAAAGUUUUGAUUAUUACAAUAUUAACAUCGUGUAUAUUUGAGAUAAAUAUAGAAGAAAAUUAAAUAUCAAAAUAUUUUGACAUUAUGUAAAAGUGUAAUUCUUACAAAAUUGGUUUUUAUUUACGUAUUUUAUAUUUAAUUUUUUAUAGUGGUUUUAUCAUAGUAAAAAUAGUAAUUUUUAUAUUAAAUGUUUUUAAGUAUUUUUAAGUUUUAUAAUGCAGCUGCAGUGCAGUUAUAAUAAUUUUAUAUAAUUUUUUAUCAAAAUUUAUCAAAAAAAAUAUAUAUAUUUUUUAGAAAAUGAGAAAUUUUAAAGAAAUACCAAUGUUAUAAUAAAUUUUAUAAUUAAUUAUAAAAAAAUAUAAUUAAUUAAACAAUUUAUUUAUUAUAUUAUUUAUUCUAUGAAAUCCAUUAUAAUUUUGUAUAUUUUUAUAAAAAUGAAUUAUAUUUUUUUGAUUUAUAUUUUUCUAUGAUAUUCAAUUGUGCAAUAUUCAUAAAAUCUUAUUAUAUAUAUAGAAAAUAUUCUCAAAUAUAAUAUUAAUUAUUUUUGUCAAAUAUAAUAUAUUUAAUACGAAUGAACAGUGCAUACAAAAAAAUGUACAUUUAAAAAUAUAAAAUGUAAAAUAAAUCGUAAGUGCCACAUUUUAUAAUUAUAUAAAUAUUAUAUUAUAUUAUUUUUUAUUAAUUAUUAUAUUAUUUGAAAGUAAAAUAUUAACCAAAGAUAUAUUUUAGUCAUAUACGUGAUAUAGAAAAGAUCUAUUCUACAUUUUUAUUUUUGAUGUUAUAUAUUUGUAUCGAAGCAUAUUUAAAAUUUAUUUUCUAUGUACUUUAUUUACUUUUUUAAAUUAAAAUUUAUUAUUAUAAAUAUAUUUUUAUUUGUAUGUAUGUAUAAGCGCAAUUGCACAGCAUUAUAGCAUUCCAUAUUACGUAUUAUAUUCGCAAUAAUGUAAUAAAAUAAUAGGCUAUAAAAUAUUGUGAUAUGGAAUGGUUGAUUUAAUAUUUGCCAUCAAUUUAAUGUAUCUAAAAGCAUGACAUGCGUAAAUAUGUAAUAAUGUUUUAUUUUGCAAUAAAUAAAAUUAUUAUACGAUCGUAUUAAUACAAUAAA